CUGAUCUUCGCUGAUUGCAACAUCUCAGACAUAUACCUUUUGCAAGAGAGAGAGAGAGAGAGAGAGAGAGAAGUAGAUCAAGAGGUCUUGUCUGGAUUUCGAACAAAAUGCAGUACAAGAAUUUGGGGAAAUCGGGAUUGAAGGUGAGUACGCUCUCAUUCGGAGCGUGGGUUACGUUUGGGAACCAGCUCGAUGUGAAAGAAGCCAAGUCGAUUCUUCAGUGUUGUCGCGAUCACGGAGUCAAUUUCUUCGACAACGCCGAGGUUUACGCAAAUGGUCGAGCCGAGGAGAUCAUGGGUCAAGCUAUUCGUGAGCUCGGUUGGCGCCGAUCCGACAUCGUCGUCUCCACCAAGAUCUUCUGGGGUGGUCCUGGUCCCAACGAUAAAGGUUUGUCGAGGAAGCAUAUCGUUGAAGGAACCAAAUCUUCUCUCAAACGUCUCGAUAUGGACUACGUUGAUGUCCUCUAUUGCCACAGGCCGGAUUCUUCAACUCCUAUCGAGGAAACAGUCAGGGCGAUGAACUAUGUGAUUGAUAAGGGCUGGGCAUUCUACUGGGGAACAAGUGAAUGGUCAGCUCAACAAAUCACUGAGGCAUGGGGAGCUGCAGAUAGGUUGGAUUUGGUCGGUCCAAUCGUUGAACAGCCUGAAUACAACAUGUUCGCUAGGCACAAGGUUGAGUCAGAGUUUCUUCCUCUCUACACCAACCAUGGCAUAGGUCUCACUACUUGGAGCCCACUUGCAUCGGGUGUGCUUACUGGUAAAUACAACAAAGGAGCUAUUCCCUCGGACAGCCGAUUUGCAUUGGAGAACUACAAAAACCUUGCCAAUAGAUCACUUGUGGAUGACGUGCUGAGGAAAGUUAGCGGUCUCAAACCGAUUGCAGAUGAGCUAGGUGUAACCUUGGCUCAGCUUGCAAUUGCAUGGUGUGCUUCAAAUCCUAAUGUGUCAUCUGUUAUCACCGGUGCCACGAGGGAGUCACAGAUUCAAGAAAACAUGAAGGCUGUUGAUGUUAUCCCAUUGUUAACACCACAUGUUCUGGACAAGAUCGAGCAAGUGAUACAGAGCAAACCUAAACGUCCUGAGUCAUACCGGUAAAACCAAAUCCCUUGAUCCCUCUUCCCUAAAAGAUUGUUGCAAGAAAGAAUAAAUCAUUUGGAGGAGCUCUGUGAUGUUUGUUCUUGGAUGUUGUAUUGUGUUGGCUUUGUUUUGUUCUCACGCAUAUUAAGACUCGAGGCAGAGAGAGUAAUGUGUUUUUUAGUUUUGUUGUUUCAUCUUUUAAAACGGUCUUAUUGUUGUUAGUGAAACUUAUAAUUUGGUUCUUGUAGUUGCAAUGUCAUGAGGUCAGUAGUAUGUUGAAAAGCUCAUCAAACGGUUGGUUAAGAUUAAAGCUUAAGUGGUAGUUAUUUUUA